UAAGCACACAAAAAGUUUUUCAUAUUUCUAUCUCUGUCAAUAUAAAAAAGAACGACAGAGAAGCAUCGUUUUGUGACAGCACGGUGAAACACGGAGUUGUCUACAUGUCACACGGGAAAGGUCACAGCCAAAAUUUGUCGGCGUUGCCGUCGUCCUACCUGUCAAAGGUAGAAAAGUAGUCGACGGAAGUUUUAAAGUUAUUUUACUAUAUUCCAACAAAGUUGUUUAGAAGCUGGAUUAUGCUAAAGUGUUAUUGAAGAAUUGAUAUGUUUAUAAUACCAAUCGGACAAAUACUAGGCGCUUGUGUAAAAAAAGGUGGUCUAAGUUGAACAACUGUUUCUGUUGUGUAGGUGGCUGUCCCGAUGAUGUGAAAGUGUAUUUUCGCAUAAAAUUUAGAUCCCAUUGUUUAAAUAUUUCCUGGUAAUUGUUGGGAAAAACAUACGAGAGGCUUGUUGUGUAAGAAUACAAUCGUUUUGCAAUGUGAAUGUUGUCUCGGAGUCGCUGUAGAUAUACCGUGGAAGUAAAUUUUGUUGCGAAGAAUCCGCAGCAAUGGAUGUGCCAUCACAAGAGACUGUGGGACUCUUGUCUUCAGACGAGGGUGGCGCGGGCGGCAGUUCAGACUCACCAGACAGCAGCGAGGACGAGGUCACCUCACACGUCCCGCCCGCCAUGACUGCCCGCGCCCAGGUGCCGACCAUCAGCGUCACGCCACAUAGCCCGGGCGUGCUCGACGACAGCCUACAACAACUACGCCAGCUCCAUGCGGCCGUGCAACGUAUGCGCGCCGCGCCGCUUCCGCUCAUGCAAGCGGGCGGCAUCAGUCGUCUCAGCACGUCUUGUCCGUCGCUUUGCAAAGAUAGCGGCGAUCCAGACUACUCCUCACCCACACACCUGGACUUAUACCCGCAUAGUCGCAAAGGCAGCGGCGAGUCCCGCUCAUGGGGCCUGUGGGACAGGCGGGAGGAGGGCCGGCGGAGCUCUUGGGCGGCACUGGAGCCCAACGCACACCAGCCCGACGCGAGCCGCCAGCGCAGUAACCUUAACGGUCACAGCGCGUCGCUAUCAUCAAUGGAGUCAGAGGGCGAGCCCCGCGCGCGGCAUUCGACGCACUCGCUCAACGAUAACGACCUAGCCAAAGACUUCGAGAAGGUGACGGCGGCGCUCCGCGCGGGCACUAGCGUGGCGGAGGGCGCGCGGCUGGCGGCGCGGCUGCCGCUGCAGAAGUCCGUGUCCACGCCCAGCAUCGUGGCCGCCGUGCAGCCCGCGCAGCCCCCGCCCGCCAACAACAUCUUGUCCGGCGGCGGUGCGAGCGAGACGGAGAGCGACGAGGACGCGUCGGCGGCCACGGUCGGGGCCACAACGCAGUUACCGGGGAGAAGAAACAACACACAUCAAGAGCAUUUGGGAUUGCAUCGAUUGGCGUUCUUGGAACAAGCGGCGUAUGACCAUCACGCAGAGAAGCGACGGAAAAGAGGCAGCUUAUUUUUCAGGAAAAAGAAGGACAAGUCCCGCAAGGCAGCGCACGCGUGGCAGGCGGCCACUUCGACCGCGGACUGCGACUGGUGCGGCCGCGCUCUCGCCGACAAGCCUGCCUUCUAUUGUGAACAUUGCACCAUGACAGUACACCAAAGCGUGUGUAAAGACUACAUUGUUGAAUGCAACAAACCUAAAUCAUCUAAGACCUCCGUCGGCAAAUCCUUGAGCGCGGCAAGUGGUAAAAGCAGCAAGAGGAGUUCAGUCUCUAGCCAGUCACAAAACCAAAAUAGCACCAGCCACGUGUGCAACGACGACAAAGACUCGGACCAUAAGCAUGACCAAAGCAAUGCAUCAGACGACGCAGGAGCGGCAGAGUGGCCGGAGGCCUAUCUGACCCCCGACCUGCUCGGUGAAGAGGCAAUUUUACUAGGCCUGGGGGCCUCAGAGCCCGACACGUGGGCUGCGGGCGCGCCCAAAGGGCUGGCUAAGGCCAUUGGAGACCGGGAGACGAAGAGGCAGGAGCAUAUCUACGAGUUGAUAUUGACUGAGAAACACCAUUGCCUUACGAUAAGGCUUAUGCAGAAGAUGUUCGCAGAAGGCAUGCUCCGAUUCCCCGGCAUAAGCUCAGCUCAAGUUUCCAGAAUGUUCCCCUGUGUAGAAGAACUAUGGACGUUACACGCGGCCUUACUGUCCCGGCUACGGGCACGGCAGCGAGCGUCGGCGCAAAUCGCUUCUGUAGCUGAUAUCCUGGCUGACACCUUCGCUGCCCCGGCCAGGCAUCGACUAAAGGCUGCUUAUGGUGAAUUCUGUUCCCGGCACCGCGACGCCGUGGACGUGUUCAAGGAGUGCUGCGCGCGCGAGCCCCGGCUGGCGCGGUUCAUACGCAAGUGCCAACAGAACCCUCUGCUUAGGAAGAAGGGUGUCCCAGAGUGCGUGCUAUUCGUGGCACAGAGGCUCACCAAAUAUCCACUGCUGCUGGAACCAUUACUCAAGACGGCGGGAGACGAUAUCAACGAGAGAGAGCUGCUGCAGAAGGCACUGUGUGGCGUUAAGGAAAUAUUAGUAGACGUGGACAACCAAGUGGCGGCGAAAGAGCGAGAAGACAGAAAGCUGGAGAUCUACCACCGAAUCGACGCGAAGUCCUUCGCCAACUUCCGCGGGCGCAAGUUUAAGAAGAGCGACAUACUGCAAGGGAACAGGAGUCUUAAGUUCGAAGGAGUAGCGACGUUAAUGCAGGGUCGCAGCAAAAUGCAGACGCUCCUAGUGAUCGUGCUGACAGACGUCCUGUUCUUUCUGCACGACAAUAACAACAAAUACACCUUCUUCACACCUGACAAUAAGACUGGAGUGGUAUCGCUGGUGAAGCUGCUGGUCCGCGAGAAGGCGGGCGCGGAGGGGCGCGGGCUGUACCUGAUCUGCAGCGGGCCCGCCGAGCCCGAGAUGUUCGAGCUGCGCGUGCACCGCCCCAAGGACAUCCACGCCUGGAUACACAACAUCAGGCUGGCGGUGUCGCAGUGCCCGUCGGAGGCGGAGGAGGCGGAGGGCGCGCACGCGUCGGCCGAGGAGCGCCAGCGCGCGCUCGACGCCCGCUACGAGAGCAUAAGACUGAUCACUGAGGCGUUGCGUGUGAAGGACAGAGAGCACGCGACGCUGCUAGAAGAAAAAAUGGCACUGCACAUGAAAAUGGUGGGACACACGGGCACCUCCACGCUCGACGUGCCCAGCACAGGUGUGAACACAGUAUUUCCAGGGGGCUUGGUGUUCCCAGACUAUGUGCGGCUGGCGGCUCCACAACCUGACACACACGCGUUAUGGCAGGAGGUGUGCCGCGUUGUCAAGGACGCACUGGAAGCAUCGAGCGGCGCUUGGAGCGGUAGCAGCGCUUUAGGGCGAAGUACGAGCUCGGCGGGCGAGCGACAUUCGUGCGCCUACGAGAGCCCCGCGCUACCGCGGCGGGCGGACACCUUCGCCGGCUUCGAUGCCACCACCAACCGACACAGAGGCGUCAACCUCCGGUUAUCAACGGACACGCCAGAGGAGGCUGAAGGCGAGACGGAACCUCACGAGCCCCACGAAGCUCCCGACAGACCACGCGUCUACGAGCAGACAGGCGGCGACAGCGCGCUCAAACUGCAGCACGCUGUGUACACGCUCACCUGCAUCGUGUGGCAGCAGCUCACCACUAUACACAGCCUGGAAGCGCAAGUGAUGGCGUGGCGCGCGGCGCCGGGCGGCGGCGGCGCGGCGCGCGGGCACGAGGCGCAGCUGGAGGAGCUGCGCCACCUGCAGGCGCGCCUCACGGCCGAGCGCGCCGCCUGGGAGCACUGCCGGGCGCGCGACCACGCCAGCAUCGCCGACGAAAAGCGGCAGCUUCAAGCGGCGCGUGAAGAGCUGCUAGAACAACAGAAAGACGUCGAACAGCAACGGGAGAGGCUCUUCAGGCGUCUCGAGAGGCUCCAGCAACACGGCGGCUCACAAGAGGAGAUCGCGAGUGUUGGUACGCUGUCGCCCGACUCCAGCGUCAGCGAUACCACGAGGAGAAAAGAACCUAAGUGGCGAAACAGCCGCGGCUCGACGGGGUCGGAGGGCGCGCCGCCGCCGCGCGCGCUGCCGCCGCCGCAGCUGCUGUCCGCGCAGAACGAGAGCCGCGCCACCGCCGCCAUCUCUCAAAUGGUGAUCAAACAGCAGCUACCACUAAAGCUGGCGAGUGGCAAGUCCCAGCAGCCGCCGCCCGGCUACCACCGCCUACACGAGUCCCCGAGCGAGCACUCGACCGGGCUCGUGAUCCACCACACGCGGACCGGCAGCUCGCCCGCUCCGUUGCCUACACAGCCGCCGCUCAACAAUAAAGCUACCAGAACAAACACAUACCCCAAAUUGCCGGACAAGUUCCGCGUGCGCACGCCGGACGCGCACGCGGCGGCGGGCGGGCCGGCGCCGGGCGCGGGCGCGGGCGCGGGCGAGGAGGAGGUCAUCUACUUCUGACCCCCGCGCGGCCCGCCGCCGCCGCACGCGCGCCGCUCCUGAGACUGCCGCCUGUCCUAACUGCCGUGUCCCAUCCCACCCCCUCCGGCCGGCCCGAGCGACUGCGUUCAUUACCGGUAACCUCAUUCAACUUUGCUCGGCGACUCGAAAAAACAAAACAUAUGUUUAGUGUUUGAAAACAUCGCGUGUGACGGGGACUUGCUUGAAUAAGUGUUACAUUUAAUGAACGUUUUUGCGUACAGAUUACGUUUACUUGGUACUUUCGGUCUUAAACCUCUUCAUAUUUUCAGACAAUGUGGCGAUGUCUCAACUUCAAUUUUUACCAUCCUAAACGAUCCACCUUAACUAUACUUAAUACAAGAAUUUGCAAAACAAUUUAAAAAAUCCAUAUCUUGCAAAAUGAUGCCAAGCGGUUAAGAGUCCCCGGCGAGCUCGGCCAAAUUACACCUUCCCAUACAAACGGAGUUUCGUUCUCAUUUUAAAACUACGUGUUGAAUUAUAAUGAAACUUUGCACAUACAAUAACAUAAGGUAUAUCUAGUCCUGUAAUUAGUUUGUAUAGCUUCAGUUUAUAAAACAAACAAAAUGGAACAAAAACAAUGUUUGUAUUCGCUGUAUUUUUUUAACUAUGGUAUCUGAAGCUACAUUAACUAAUUACAAGACUAAAUAUACCUUAUCUUAUUGUAAGUACAAAAUUUCAAAACAAUCUAGCCAGUCGUUUUGAAAUAAAAGCGUAACUACAUUUGUAUGAAGAAUCGAGCUUCCUGGGCACCCUUAAGAGCCUCGAGACGUAAUUAAUUGCCAUAAAAUUAUUUAUUAAUAUUUAUAAAAGUAUAAUCAAGAUCUCUAAAGACACUGCCGCAUACUUGAUUUUAACACUUAUUUAAACUCUCUCAUAUAUGUAUUUAUAAUACCUCGGUAAGUUAUGGACACCCAACUCAUGAAUGUAUGCUCAAACGACAUACAUAACUAUACUUACAUUAAAUCUAAGUGACAUAAACAUUGUUACCGACGACACAUUACUACUAUCAGCAUUUUCUUUUCACACACUAAAAAGCUGAAGGAAAACAAGGUCAAUAUGGAUAAGUGUGGCUGCGGGGUAAGAGUGGCAUGCCUUCACAUUGGGGCCUGUUUACACAUUGAUUAGCGUUUAUUGCAAGUUCAUACAUGUCCCACUAAACGCAAGUAGUAAGCAACCAAUGUGUAAACUCGAAAUAAACACUAAUAAAAUGUGUAAACACUAACCCCCUCAUUCAUAAACGCGUACUAAAGUUACGAUGUCGCUAAUAAUCGUUUGUCCCUUUCCGACGUAUUGGUAUGAUGGAAAGGGACAAACGAUUAUUAACGGCAUCGUAACUUUAGUACACGUUUAUGAAUAAGGGGGUUAAAGGAUUUAGACUGAAGAUUCCAUGACUGUCAUUUUCUGUACAAGACAGUCAGCCGAUUUUUGCGGCGGAGGGGCUUGUAAAUACAUGAUGUAAAAAUAGCCAUGUCAGAUAAACGUCAGUCCAUACAAAACUAUGCACAAUUGUACAAGGUUUACAGCAUAAGGGUAAGCUAAAAUGCUCAAAGGUAAACCGGUCCAGGUGUGACGGACAGCCACACUUAUCCGCAUUGACCUUAAACAAAAAGGUAUUAUGUAACAACAAAAUUGUGACUUACGUGUGUCACAAUUUAUUAUUAUACAUUCCCCCAUUAUUGUAUAAUUGUUUUAAUGAACUUAAUAUUACGCUUUAAACUAUUUUUGUAUUAUAUAUAAGUAAAUUGUAAUCACCGUUACGUACUUAACAGGGGCCAUCGUACUUAUUUUAUUUAAAACGAAUAUCAAAUCACUCGAAAUGUACAAACUUAAAAUUGAACAUUCCAGAAAUGAUCUCUAUUUUAUUACUUCAUAUUAAUUUAAUAAACCGUAUUUUUAAAGGCAGCUCUCAUGGAACAUAUAACUUUAAAGUAAAUAUAAACGAUUAGAAAGCAGUUAUUUGCCAUAAGUCAAUCUAAUAUCAAUUUAAUGACAUUACAAUAGGAGUCAUUAUACAAUAGCGAGGCGGGCGGAUUAUAUUUAAGAUAUCAAAAACCUAUGCUAGUAGCCAAAUGACUACGAAUACGGUCUAUCGUGAAUAUAAAGUUGUUACACUAGAUGUUUUGGAAACUUAAAGUCUUGUUGUUGACAUAUACAAUUAAACAUUCGACUUAGAGUAGAGGUUUGAGAGUUACAUCUGUCGGGACGCCACUUGGUACAUGACGUGACCUUACUGUGUCGAAGAGUGCCCAAAAUAGGCCGCAUGCAAGAAACAAAUCUAAAUUUUGCCAAUGAAAUUAAAACCUAUAAUGUAGAAAUAGAGCUGAUUUCGGUUUGAGUGAAAAUUUAUCAAAACAAAACAAAUGCAACCCUAUACCGACUGAAAAUGAUUUAAAUUUCAUCGAACUUAAUUAGUAAUGUAGGUAUAGUCACGUCUGAAAAUAUCAAUACGAAAAAGUGCCAAAAAUAUGUAUACACUACCAUAAUAUACGGGAAAUAAAAGUCGUGUAUACAUAUUUUUGGCACUUUUUUCUUAUCGAUAUUUUCAGACGUUACCGUACAGUCAUGGACUUUAAUUGUUGAUCCAUUAAGGCAUAGUACAAAGAGUGGGGAAGUAGGUUAUCUUCAUACAAACGCACCGCGCGCGGCCUGUAUGUGUGCGCCAUAUCUAUGCGUCGCCGCACGCACACUCAAACAAAAUCUCGACCCGUGUGUCAGUGCGCUAGUCGGGCCUUUUGUUUAAGUGUGCGUGCGGCGACGUAAAGAUAUUAUGGCGCACACAUACAAGCCGCGUGCGGUGCGUUUGUAUGAAGAUAACCUACUUCCCCACUCUUUGUACUAUGAUUCAGAGUUCAAGCUAAUUUGGCUGUUAAUACUAACGGUAUGAAAUGUCCAAUGUAAAGUAAGCCCUAAAUGGCUCAUCAAUUAAAGUCCGCGACUAUACGACCGUGAGCCUUACAAGAGGUUUGAACCAAUUAGAUUACUUUUAAUUUUGAUGCUUAGGAAUAAAUGUGGUAUUCUUUUUUUCGUUUUGCUACUACGUUGUAAAAACUAUAAUACACGUUUGUUUUAAAGCUUGACCAGUAAUAUAUGACCACGCGCCAUAUUGCGGAAUUUAAUUAGAACUACAUUUUUCAUACUAAACUGGACUGUCACCCCAUACAUGAGAAUAACAGCGCCCUCUUCACAAUGAUCAUAUAUUUCUGGUCAGGCUUUACUUACAUACUUAUAGAAUUUUAUAUACUUUAACUAAAAGCGUGCCUAAAAUGUAAGACUAUUUGUUGAUUAUUAGAAAGCUUGUACCAAAAAUGGCGUCUCGAUCAAAACUAUGUUAUAGCGUAAACUGUUGUUAUGACACAUUUUUAUAAGAUUCCUGACUAACACUUGUUACUCGGCAUAGCGUUGUAGUUAUAAAUAUGUAUAGUCUUCAAACCUACCACAGAGAGGUUUAAAACUGUUCUAACUUUUAAUAUAA